AUGGAUUUCAAUCACUUUUCUUCAGAGUCAGAAUUCAGAAUUGUUACUAACAAUGAAGAAACCCUUGAAGAAAUGGCGGCAGCAAAAGCGAUAAUGGAACUGCAUAAUAAAAUACAAGAAUUGCAAGCAACGCACAAGGAAGAGCUUGCUUUAAUGGAAACAAAGCACAAGGAAGAGCUUGUCUUAAUGGAAACAAAGCACACGGAAGUGCAAGCAAAGCAUACGGAAGAGCUUGCUCUAAUGGAAACAAAGCACACGGAAGUGCAAGCAAAACACACAGAAGAGCUUGCUUUAAUGCAACAAAGGUUAUUGCAUUGA